AACACCAUUAACCUAACCGGCUACCUUUGUCCAUUGAUACAUCGGAUAACAAUGCCGAAUCAACACGACCCAUGCUAGAGUCCAUGUAGAUACGGAUCAAGCAUAGUCAAGCCCAAAGUCCACGUCUCAUUCGUGGCUUGGGGGGCAAAUACGGUCGGUCCAAGUCAACGUCACGUCAUCAGCUCGAGCGUUAGGACUCGAGAUCCAUGCCCCUCACAUAUCGUCACUUACAUGAUGUACCUUAUAGACUAGCAGAUUGCCUGCCUGGCAAGCUUGGAUGCGCCUCAGCCAGCUUUUCCCGCGUCAUGCCACGCCAUGCCACAUCAGCCCAAUAAUACAUCCUAAUGGCUUACGGGUUUAUUCCUAUCGUCCACAUCGUGGCCGCCAUCUUCGCCAUCAUCGAGCUCGGCUUGACAGCAUAUUUGGCUAGUGGGUACGAUAGCUGGUUCGGCUUCGGCGGUUACUCGCCCUCGCGGGUAAACUUCAUGAUCUUCAACUCGGUAUGGUCGCUGCUGGUCCUGCUGUACGUGGGUGUAACGCCGCUGUACCUCACCAGCGUCUUCCACCGCCUGGCAGCCCUCGCCCUGAACGCCGUCACCACCAUCUUCUGGUUUGCCGGUGCCAUCGCGCUCGCCGUCUUCGUCGGUGGACCUUAUAGCUGCGGGGCUGACACGUUUUGUGGUUCCGCCGAGGCUGCUGUCGCCUUUGGCUUUUUUCUUUGGGCUCUCUUCACGUUUCUCACCGUCAUCGACGCUAUUGACUCCUUGCGGAGUCGCGGUCACAACGUCAGCAAGCCACACGCACAUCCUGGUGCGUAAGCGCGUAGUGUAGGCUGCUACGUAACUUCGAUUUCGCUCGGUGGUUCUACACGAAUUGUCUGUCGUGUUCAGUAAACUGCUGCUGCCUUGCCCGCCUUGCGCGUUUGAAGCUGAGAUGCGAACUAGGCCGUUUUAGAGGUGUUACUUGAGGCGUGAGGGAGGCGUCGAAGAAACGACGAUAAUAUACCCGGUUUUGAUAUAUUUAUGGCAGACAGACAGACAGGCAGGCAGACAGACAGGCAGGCAGACAGACAGACAGGCAGACAGGUAGCCACCUCACAAAAUGUAGUCUUAAUUACCCAUCUACUAGUAAUACGCAUGAUUUCAU